CGUUGACCGCUCGGUGCAGGGGGCGGAACGUCCUGAGAUCCCGCAGGGCCUGCAGUGCGCAGAGGACGCGGCUGGAGCAUGUUCCGCCUCCUGAGCCGGACGCUGGGGCGAGGUCUUCUGCGGGCCGCAGGGCGGCGUUGUCGGGGUUGCUCGGCGCGCUUGUUCCAGAGGUCCUCGGAAAGCCAGGAGCUCGAGGUGUUGGUGCCGUCCCCCCGAGUUGCACCGCACGGCCGGGGCCCGGGCCUGCUGCCCCUCCUGGCAGCGCUUUCCUGGUUCUCGAGGCCUGCUGCAGCAGACCGGGACGAGCAGCAGGGAGCAGGCGGGGCCGCCCCCGAGGACGCGGCAGAUGAGGCAGAGGCGGAGAUCAUACGGCUGCUGAAACGAGCCAAGUUGAGCAUCAUGAAAGAUGAACCAGAAGAGGCUGAGCUAAUUUUGCAUGAUGCUCUUCGCCUUGCCUAUCAGAGUGAUAAUAAGAAGGCCAUCACUUACACUUAUGAUUUGAUGGCCAACUUAGCAUUUAUACGAGGUCAACUUGAAAAUGCAGAACAACUUUUUAAAGCAACAAUGAGUUACCUGCUUGGAGGGGGUAUGAAGCAGGAAGACAAUGCUAUAAUUGAAAUCUCUCUCAAGUUGGCCAGUAUCUAUGCUGCUCAGAAUAGACAAGAAUUUGCUCUUGCUGGCUAUGAAUUCUGCAUUUCAACUCUAGAGGAAAAAAUUGAACGAGAAAAGGGUUUAGCAGAAGAUGCUAUGUCAGAAGAAGAAAAAGCCAAUACCCACCUUCUCCUGGGCAUGUGCUUAGAUUCUUGUGCACGAUACCUUCUAUUCUCCAAACAGCCAUCCCAGGCACAAAGGAUGUAUGAAAAAGCUCUGCAGAUAUCAGAAGAAAUACAAGGAGAAAGACAUCCACAGACAAUUGUACUGAUGAGUGACCUGGCUACUACAUUGGAUGCACAGGGGCACUUUGAUGAAGCCUAUGUUUAUAUGGAAAGGGCAUCAGAACUGGCAAGACAGAUAAAUCAUCCUGAGCUGCACAUGGUACUCAGUAAUCUAGCUGCAAUUUUGAUACAUAGAGACCAAAAUACUUAUCACAUGGCAAAGGGGAAUUAUGGAUACAGGGAAGUGAACAGACUGCACACACCCUUCCAGCCCACUGAAUUCAAGUUACCUAGAAUACCCGUGAGGGUCAACACAGAGGCUAUCUCCAUCCACAGGAUAUUCCCCGGAUAAGACAAAAGUUUUGCCUGAUUCUUUCAGUCCUGCUGUGAAACUUGUAAUUGCAGUUUGAAUGAAAACAGGCGACCUGGAGAUUACAAAGCAUUUUGUGCCAGGAAGGGAAGGAAUCUGGGGACAUAAAAUGUUUUUCCAGCUUCCAGCUUGAUGCUUUAAAUUUUUAAAUGAAAAAAAGAAUGCAAGAUAUAAGUGGGUUCUUAAACAAAUGAAUGAGGUAAAAUUGCAGGAGGAUCAACUCUUAACCUAAGGAUGAGAGCCAUCUGUGAAGAUGUGAGAGUAAGGGUGCCUAGAGGCUGAUAUUCUUUAUCAGGUAGAUUUGAGACAAGAGGAGAAAAAUUUUUCAGGAAACAUAAAACAGUAACUAUGGAUGACAGUCUUUGUUACAAGCCUAUUAACAGUGAAUAAACUGAACCUGAAAUAAUUUAGCAUUACAGUUCUCACAGAGUUUGUGGAAUAGAACUCAUUACCUAUUUAGCUAUUAUUGGUUAAAUCUUAAAUUACAGUAAGGGAUUUCUUCUUUUUUCUUUUUUGUACCAGGGAUUGAUCUUAGGACCUUGUGCUUGUCAGGCAGGUGCUUAAGCUUCUGAGCUAUGUCCCCAGGAUCCAGGGCCUUUACACUGAGGUAUGUCUCCAGCCUUUUAUACUUUUUGGUUAAAAGAGAUGUUUUCAGGCCAGUUAAGACAGCUCACAGCUCAGUGGUGUAAGUGCCUGCCUGGCAUGCAGAAUGUCCGGAGUUUGAU